CGCUAAUCCGGCGGGAGUUGAAAAGAGAGAAGCCGGAGAAGAUGCUGAUACGAUUUGGCUGCGCUGCGCAGUCAAAGAAGGGGGAAGACUACUACUUAGUGAAGACCGACUGUCAGAGAAUAGCUGGGAAUCCUUCCUCCGCCUUUCAUGUCUUCGCGAUCUUUGACGGGCACAAUGGCAAUGCUGCUGCAAUUUUUGCAAGGGAUAAUUUGCUGAACCACAUAAUUGGCGCUAUUCCUCGAGGGCUUGGGAGGGAGGAGUGGCUAAGCGCUCUUCCACGUGCUUUGGUUGCAGGAUUCGUGAAGACUGACAAAGAGUUUCAGAGCAAAG